UAUGUUAUGUUUUGAUACCUACCUAAAUAUUUAUUUCGAGUUUGCGAACGAAACUAAAAACACUAAAAAUGUUACACUCAUAAAAUAUUUGGAAAAGAUUUUAUCACUAUUACCUAUACUAAAAUAAAUAUGAUAACAAUAAUUUUACUACAAUGAAUUUCAAAAUGAUGAAUUUAGUCAUCAAUAUAUUUAUUUCAAUUUAUUUUGUCUGUGGCUAUAAUCCGGAAUUAAAUCCAAAAACUAUUGUGGAGAUAGACUACUCGUUCUUGGCGGGCCAGGCGGAGAAGAAUAAGAAUGAUAUUCUGAGCUUUUUGAACAGGUCAAGUGUACGGCAUCAAUACAAAGUUAUGUACCAGUGCCUGCUUGAAAAGAUCCUUAAUGGUGGCAACCACGAAGAUACCAUAACUCGUCGAGACAACGCGCUGUCGGAGACGAGGCGGAUCGUGCUUGGCCACAAUACCUCCAUAGCGUCCAUCCCCUGGCAGGUCUCCCUGCGAGAGAAGACCUACCCCAUCUGCGGCGGGUCCGUCGUCAGCGACAUCUGGCUGCUAACUGCUGCACACUGCUUGCUCAGAGCUCGACCGAGUGACCUGAGUGUGCGACUCGGGUCCUCUUGGAAGACCCACGGGGGGGAGAUGUAUGAUGUCAAGGAGUGCUACGUCCAUCCGCGGUACAUCAGCAAGUCCAAGAUCAACGAUGUCGGUCUUGUGCGACUGUACUCGCCACUGCGCUUCUCCAGCAAGAUACUCCCGAUCAACUUAGUGACAAGAGAAGCCAGGCUACUUUCAAACGAGGUGGCUAUAGUGUCUGGAUGGGGAAAGCUUCAGGAAGCUGGUGUCAGCGCAACGUUCCUUCAGUCCACUACAAUCAGAACGAUCGCUAUGAAGCAUUGUCUCCGAUCAGGUCUGGAUAGAAAGGCCAUCAACCCGCCUUCCAUGUUCUGCGCUGGAUCCUUCAAGCAACCCUCGCCAGACGCCUGUCAGGGCGACAGUGGCGGUCCUCUAGUGAAGGACGGGGUGCUCAUCGGCGUGGUGUCGUGGGGGCUGGGGUGCGCCAGGGGGAACUUCCCGGGGGUGUACACCAGGCUGUCGCAGCCUCUGAUCUGGGACUGGGUGCAGGGACAUCUCUCCAGGAAGGCUGAGAACUCAACUGUCUGAAACAGUGUCCUAACCAUAGAUAAAAGAAAUAUAUAUUUUAUCUAUGGUCCUAACCAUCCUAAUGUUCGAAAUGUGAAAGUGUUUUUAGUCCUUAUUUCACGUCCCACCGGAUCCAUCUUAACAUUACAUGACCUCGGUGGCGCAGUGGUAAAGUGCUUGCCUCUGAACCGAGAGGUCCCGGGUUCGAUCCCCGGUCGGGUCAUAAUAGAAAAUGAUCUCUUUCUGAUUGGCCCGGGUCUUGGAUGUUUAUCUAUAUAUGUAUAAAUUAUAAAAUAUAGUAUCGUUGAGUUAGUAUCCCAUAACACAAGUCUAGAACUUACUUUGGGGCUAGCUCAAUCUGUGUAAUUUAUCCUAAUAUAUUUAUAUUUGCCUGAUUGAGACACCAACAAAUUCGCAUUGGACAACCUACAUAUACAUACGUUGUUGACUUUUCAAAUACUUUGUGAUACAGAUUUAGUUAAUAAAACAACUAUAUUGCUCCCAAGCUGGUCUGUGAAAGGCAGUAAAACAUAGAAGCUGCCAGCCGCUCCCGCGCAGAAUGUAAAAGUCAAUUAUAGGAAAGGGCUAUCAACUGGAGAUUCCUCUCGUAGGCGAUGGGCUAGGAACCUGACCACCUAUCACUAUUUAAUCUCAAUUUCCAAGCUAAACGUGGUCUUCUUCCGAUUUUCGCAACUCUUGGCUCUGUCUACCCCGUGAGAGAUGAAGAUGUGAUACUAUAAAUAAAACUACAACUGCCUGUAAUGUUAGCACUCAAAAUUAGCGAAGUGGAAUGAAACAAGUUUGAAAUUAAAAUAGUUUAAUUGCAAAUAAAAAUAAUUUAUUUUUACUGUA